GCAGAGGUGUCUGCCCUAAUUGGAGAGCAGGCAGACAGAUUGGUUGUGUGCACAAGUCAGGAGAGCUAGGAAAGCAUCUGGGUAACAUCCUUGGAGGAACAGCUCUGCAGCUUAGCUGGUAGCAGAGAAUGAACUGAAGGUGCAGUCUAGGGUCUGAAUAUUGCUACUUUGUUUUCCAAUUUGCUUUAAUAACAUAAAGGGGCUGAAGCAAAAUAUCUAUCCAUGUAAAACACGGCACUCUUCCUACACAGCCUUGAAGCCCUCUUGUCAUACUACUUGCAUCUUCCAUCCUGGCCUCUUUACUUUGCAUUUUCUGAUGAGAUGAAUAGGUCAGGUCCCCCAGCUUGCUUGCUCUGGGAAUCCCUCCCAUCACUACCUGAGAAAACAAAGCAUGUGGGGCAAGCAACAGUGGUUGGAGUGAACGUGGAGUAGGAAAAGCAGAAGAGCAGGCUUGAAACUGAUGUAAUACCAUGACAAAGAGGAAUUGCUGGGAAGUCACAGGAUCAGAAAUGCAGCAGCUCACCUCUGCCUGUGGCUGAGGUGGGUGUUUUGGCCACUGCUGUGUUCCCAAUGCUGGGACCGUGCCUCCAUCAGACCGCGUGGAGACAGACAAGCUGGGAUGCAGAUGGCAGCAGUGUCAGAGCUCCUGCGGGAGAGGAGUUUGCAGCUGACAGGUAGAAAGAAACCUUCCACUUGAAAACAAACAACCGUAAGGCUGUGGGCAAAUAAGAUUGCUUAUUUGGUUGUGCUCUCAUUCAGGGAGUGGUGGCUUUACUUACGGAGCUGCGGUGAGCAUUUCCAGUAGCUGCAGUUGCUCAGAGCAGGCUCACGUUCAGGCUGAGUGUCUGAGGGGAUCCAGCUGUCCCCAAAGAAGGGAUUUUCCCCUUGGAGCUCACGCACAGGGGUGAGCAGCAACUCGCAUCCACCGUCCUUGUGUCCCUUUGACUUUGCUCUGGAGGUUUUUUAGCUAUGCUGAGACAGAAGCAACUGGGGGUGGUUGGAAACUGUCCUGGUAACACCUCUGGGGUUUAGCCCAAUUGGAUGCGCUGAGUCCAUCAGCUGAGCUUCCUUGAUGAGCCAAACCCUCAGAUCAGCUGAUGUAGCCUUGAUGGGGAGGAUCUCUUCUGCAUUAGAGUUGUUUAGAGUGGAGCAGUGUGAUGAGACAGAGUGGUGUGCUGGUCAGGUGGGUGGCCUCGCUCAGCUGACACUUGCAGACAUAAAAUCAGAAGGGGGGGAAUCCAUGUGUUUCAGGACAAGUAUUUGUGAACCUUUUCUGCCCGCUGUGUGAUUUAUUGCACCUCUUCUUGUCUUUUCAGUAUUGGCAGGAGCAGGCAGCUACGUGCUGUUGCCCUGGGACAGCUGUGACCUCCUGGGGGACCCCUGGGAAAUUCUUCCCAGCAUUUGGCUCCUUCACUUCUUACCAAGCCCUGCUGUGUGCAGUUUUAGGGGGCUGUGAUCUCUUCUGGAGCUGUCUGGGCUACGUUAUCAGGGGCAGCAGGAGCACUGGGGGUCUGUAGAGGGAAGGGCCAAGGAGGUUGCUUCUCCCUUGGGGUUCUGUUACACCCUUCUCCCCACGCUGUAGUGCACUGCCCAUCUGUCUUGUGUUACCCAUGAAAGCCAGGUGCUCUCCCAGACCCCUUUGCAGCAGUAUUCUCCCUGGGUGAUGUGCACUUGACCCGAUGCCUCUUGCUCCCAUCUCUACCUCUCCCUCCCCGCUGCGCGUGCCUCAGGCUGCUCCUGUAUCCCUGCACAGUGCAGGGUGACCUCAUUGCAGCCUUCAGUACCUAAAGGGAGCCUACAAAGGAGGGGAAUCAACUCUUUGAAAGGGGAGAUAACAGCAGGACAAGGGAGAAUGGUUGGAAGUUGAGGGAGGGCAGAUGGAGGUUGGAUGUCAGGGAAGUUCUGUACUGUGAGAGUGGUGAGGUGCUGGAACAGCUGCCCAGAGAGGCUGUGAUGCCCCGUCCAUCCCUGGAGGUGCUCAAGGCCAGGUGGGAUGGGGCCCUGGGCAGCCUGGGCUGCUAUGAAAUGUGGAGGUUGGUGGCCCUGCAUGCAGCACGGGGUUGGGGCUUCGUGAUCUUUGAUGUCCCUUCCAACCCGGGCCGUUCUGUGUUUCUGUGAAGGAUGGGGAAGAGGAGCCCCAGUCUUUGCCCUCUCCGACGCUGCCAGCAGCGGGGCCGACCCGGGGGGCUGCGACCUGCACCGCACGGAGCUGUGCGGGGCUGUGCGGGGCGGGGCGCCGGCGGUGCCGCUGCGCGGGGCGGUCCCGCAGCCUUCCUGCGCCCGACCACCUGAUCCGCUCCGCCCGCCGCAGCCGCAGCCUUUGUGUGUGCGGUGCGGCGGUGCGGGAUGGCGGCGGGAGGAGGGCGGCCGCCGGGCCCGGAUUCCUCGCUGGAGCCCUACGUGCAGACCCGCAUCUUCAAAAUCAUCGUCAUCGGAGACUCCAACGUGGGCAAGACGUGUCUGACCUUCCGCUUCUGCGGGGGCACCUUCCCCGAUAAGACCGAGGCCACCAUCGGCGUGGACUUCAGGGAGAAGACGGUGGAGAUCGAGGGGGAGCGCAUCAAGGUGCAGGUGUGGGACACGGCCGGGCAGGAGCGGUUCCGGAAGAGCAUGGUGGAGCAUUACUACCGCAACGUGCACGCCGUGGUCUUCGUGUAUGACGUCACCAAGAUGACAUCAUUCACCAACCUCAAGAUGUGGAUCGAGGAGUGCAACGGGCAUGCUGUGUCCCCGCUCGUCCCCAAAGUGCUGGUAGGGAACAAGUGUGACUUGAAGGACCUGAUCCAAGUGCCGUCCAGCAUGGCCCUCAAAUUCGCCGACGCUCACAACAUGCUGUUGUUCGAAACCUCAGCCAAGGACCCUAAGGAGAGCCAGAACGUGGAGUCCAUCUUCAUGUGCCUGGCCUGUCGGCUGAAGGCGCAGAAAUCGCUGCUCUAUCGCGAUGUGGAGAAGCGGCCGGGCCGGGCGCAGAAGCUGGAGCAGUCGCGCGACGCCCACGGUAAAAGCGCGUGUCCGUGCUGAGCGCCUUCAAUAAAGUCUGUGCGGAGCCCUG